CCCGAUAUGAUGUUGGAGUCCACCCCACCAUGACGAUUGACGGCCAACCGCAAAAGCAAACACGAAACAACCAGAAAAGCAAAGCAUUCCCCUUCCCCUUUCUUCCAGAAAAUAAUCAUAAAUCCUACGAUACAAGCAAUAAAAUAAGCAUCACUCACAAUAGAAAGAUUGUCUCUCUCUCUCUCCACAGAAAAACAACAAAGACUUGCAAGAUUUAACCAUGGAUGGAUCUGAGUCGCCAUACCCGAAAGACGAUGACUUUGAGAGAGUGACAUCAGCGUCAACCUCUGCAACAACGACAACGAGCGUGCACGUGACUGCCCUGGACGGCCUCGUCAACGUGAACUCGCUCUUCUCCGUCGCCGUCUUCGUGGGGCUCUCCCUCACCACCCCUAACCAGAAUAGCCUGGGGAACAACACGGCCUGCAACGCCGGUGUUGACAUGGUGAGGAAGCUGCUAGUCUUCGAGGUUGUCUCCUUCAGCUUCUUCCUCUUCUCCUCCCUUGUCGCCCAAGGCCUAAAGUUGGCAAUCAACCUGCUCAACAGCAAGGACGUCCACGAGGCCUUCCGCGCCCACAUCAACAUCAAUGUCCUCAGGCUCGGCAUGAUGGGCUCCGCCAUCGGCUCUGUCAUGGGCUGCUUGUUCCUCAUGCUGUCCAUGGUCAACGUCAUCCAGAUCCGGUUGGGGUUGUUGUCCUGUGGGAGUAAAUCUGCUAUCCAUGCAGUGGCGGCGUUGCUUUUCUUGGUUUCCUCUGCUCUUUUGGUUUAUAUUUCUACUACCAUUUAUGCUUUUUUGCACUGAUUUUGAAAUCUCUCUCUCUCUCUCUCUCUCUCUCUCUCUCUAUAUAUAUAUAUAUGCGCGCGCGUAUGAGUGUUUGAUUAAGUCCUCCUUGGUUAAUGGAAUGAGCAUAAUGUUGGCCUGAUUUUGGUUUGGAAA